UGUGAUCCAUCAAGGAUGGGGAAAAUGGGAUCCUCAAUGGCUCCUCUUCUUUUCACUGCCUUUGUGGCUCUUCUUUCCCUAAGCUUGCCAUCAACCACCAAUGCUAAUUAUUUCUAUGCAUCUCCCCCUCCUCCUAAGAAGGUAGACUAUCCGCCUCCCGUCUACCAUUCUCCACCACCACCUAAGAAGGUGUAUUAUCCGCCUCCUGUCUACUCUCCGCCACCACCCAAGAAGGUGUACUACCCACCUCCAGUCUACCAUUCUCCCCCACCACCCAAAAAGGUGUACUACCCGCCUCCAGUCUACCAUUCUCCCCCACCACCCAAGAAGGUGUACUACCCGCCUCCAGUCUACCAUUCUCCCCCACCACCCAAGAAGGUGUACUACCCGCCUCCAGUUUACCAUUCUCCCCCACCACCCAAGAAGGUGUACUACCCACCUCCGGUCUACCAUUCUCCACCACCACCGAAGAAGGUCUACUACCCACCACCUGUCUACUCUCCCCCACCACCCAAGAAAGUCUACUACCCGCCUCCUGUUUACUCUCCACCACCACCCAAGAAGGUAUACUAUCCACCUCCAGUCUACUCUCCCCCACCACCCAAGAAGGUCUACUACCCACCUCCUGUCUACUCUCCCCCGCCACCCAAGAAAGUAUACUACCCACCACCCGUCUACUCUCCACCACCACCCAAGAAGGUAUACUACCCACCACCCGUCUACUCUCACCCGCCACCCAAGAAGGUGUACUACCCCCCUCCCGUCUACUCUCCCCCACCACCAAAGAAGGUAUACUAUCCACCUCCCGUCUACUCUCCACCACCACCCAAGAAGGUAUACUACCCGCCACCAGUACACUCGCCACCACCACCGGUCUACUACUACUCAUCCCCACCUCCUCCCCACUACUAGGAACUAAAUUCCCUUCCACGUCAAGGAAGAUGAGGUGAGCAUACAAUAUAUGUCGAACUCAAAAUAAGACGCUUUGAAAGAUCCAAAGCACAGUGUGAAGUUCUUUUUCAUAUAUUAAUGUAUCCGUUUUCAAAUCCUAUGUAUUUGCUUCCAAUCCUAUGUUGUCUUAGGUUGUCUUGUAACCGAGCUCAGCUCAGCUCAACCUUUUUUGCUCAAAGCAAAGGUUGUGCUUUAUUUUAUCUAUACUUGCGUCUUCACGAAUGCAUUCUCAACUUUCUUCG